CCCUCUUGCUGUGAGGCAACAGUGCUAACAAAGCAUGCCGCAAAAACAAAAAACUUCCCCCAAAAAAACCUUUAGCAUCAGGCAGGACCACGCAGCAACCAUGACCUACGAUCCAGGCACAACCUGUAACAACUGGUGAACCAGGUCAUUGUGACUCAAAUGCACGACUCUGGAGACAGUUCGGGUAAAAUAACACAGUCCAUACUGGUCAAAAGGAAGGUUCAGUACACAGGAGGUAAAUCAGUGGAGGCAAACAAAUCCAUUAGUGAUGAGGCAGGGGCAGAGUCAACAGGCUAAAUAAAAAAAAAUUAAAAAACUGGGAAACAAAAGGCUGGACCACAAGGGACCCAAGGAGCUAUGACAAACUGGCACUAAGAGAAAACAAGACACACAAGGAACGUGAGAUGAGACACAGCCAUGAUCCAAGGGAACCUGCGAGACAGUGGAGAACAAAGGCUCAGUGGGAGAGGCCAAAUUAGUGACAUGCAGUAACAGGAUGCGAAUGCAAGCAAAUGAAGAAGUACCAACUUUUCAGAAUCUAUGUUUGAGAGAGAAAGGAGAAGUGGCUCAGUGUAGGUCCCCUAGCAGACCAGGGGCUGGUCCAAGGCAAGCCUGAGCCAGCCCCAACUAUAAGCUUUAUCAAAGAGGAAGGUCUGAGCUCUACUCUUUCACCCCCCGGACUGAAACGGGAAGAUGGUUCCACAGAAGAGCAGCCUGAUAGCUGAAGGCUUUGGCUCCCAUUCUACUUCUUUAGGAACCACAAGUACCCCUUUCUCUGAGCACAGUGAUCUUGUGGGAUAAUAGGGCACUUUGAGCUCUCUGAGAUAUGGGAGCAUGACCAUUUAGAGCUUUCUAAGUGAAGAAUUUAAAUUCCUUCAAUGGAAAAUAAAUAAUCCUACAUGUAAAUGCUCAAAUUAACUUAAAUUGAAAUAUCAUUUACAGUUGAACUAUUUCACACAUUUGAGGUUUUGCAUGUUUAAAUUCAGAAUAUUUUUACUGUUUUCAAAAUGUGAAAGAAGGUGACAUAUCACAUCCUCAAGAACUUCACACAGUCAAUGUUGAAAACAGCAGCUAAAUGCUGUGACUACAAGCCUCCAUUUUCCAGGAUGACGCUCAUUUCUUCACAGAGUCACAGUAACAAGGAAGAGGAAGAACAGCGGGAACAAGUGGAAAAGCUUCAGACUUGAGUCAGAUGAGCAGCAGCAGCUCUGCACUUUGAUGUUUUUCAUCUGAAGAUGUUCAGUUUGGUGAUCUUCUGUCACGUUUGGUUCCUGCACACAGAUCUGAUUGGCUGCAGUGAAAACUCCACAGGUACAGCAGUGAUCCAGUUUUCGGUCCCAGAAAAUCACCACAUCUGCCUACAGUGCAACGGCUCUGACCGAUCCGAUGUGGUCUGGACCCAUCAGGACAGGAAGGUCCUGGUUACCCGACAGGGCAGCUACGAGACCAAUGAGGACCGUAAGCGCUUCCUCUUGCUAUCUGAUGGCGGCCUCUGCCUCUUGCGGCUUGACGACUCAGACAGCGGGAAGUUUCGUUGUAACCAGCAGCUGGUGGCUCAGCUGGAGGUGCUAACAGGCCAUGACUUCAGAGUGUCUGCAGGCCGGACACUGCUGCUUCCCUGCAGUGGCUCCUCCAGACCCAAAAAGCGGUGGGAUCACCGGAGGGAAGGAAGAAAGUGGGCGACCAUCCUCACCCGGUUCAAAAACGGAACGGUGAAAGCAGUGAGGAGCAGGCUUAGCUUCGGGAACGAUGCCUUGCAAAUCCAGGACCUGCAGCCAGAGGACGCUGGAGAGUAUCAGUGCAACGGAGAGCAACAGGCCAGACUCACCGUCCUCACAGUGCAGCCGGAGCCGACAAGCAUCCAGCAAACCACCAGUAUGACUACAACACCUGCUGUCAUGGAAACAGAUGCAGUUGAAAAAAAGAAGGAGAAGAAGAGGCCUGAGAAUGCUCUGCUGUUGGUCGCUGUGGUCGGGUUGGGGUUAAUGAUCCUCCUCUUGGUUGCCGUCUGUGUUUUACUAACCAGCAUAAAGUGCAGGAAGAAGAAGAAGAAAUACAGAAGUACAGCUCAAAGGGAUGAAGACACAGAGCUGCAGCCGUGGAACACGUCCAACACACAAACUGAGCAUCAGGUUUAUGAGAAUCCGUCUCUGCCUGAGGAGACAAUCCAUUACGCCUCUCUGGGCCGACAGAACUGGAAGGAGAGACCCAGCAGGACUCCACCGGACCAGGACCAACAUGACGUCAUCUACUCUUCUGUCAUCACCAGGCCGGCCGCCAAACACAAACGCACUCGGCUGCAUCCUGUGGCAGCGCUCUAACAGUCAGCAGUGCAACGAAAUGUUACAUAUGAAACCACUGGAGGCUGUUUCUCAUCACAAAUGCACUUUCCUUCAGUAAUCAUAUGCUCAUGUGAUUAACACUGAUAUUCUGUAUUUCAAUUAACUGUCUUGCUCCUUUAGAGGAAAUUCACCUUGCAACAGCUUUUAAAAAAGACAUGUGGUACAUGAAAAGUAAAAAAAAAAUCACCUUCUUGCUGAGAAUUAUGAUGGCUUUACAUUCAUUUUUCAAGCAAUUUCACUGCUGCAGACAAAAAUCCAACGUUGGAAUAAAAUCAUGACGGUUUUACCUCCA